ACUGGCCCCCAGUGACUUUGGGGACACAAUGAGCACCAUUCAGCUGGACCGAGCCGCCGUGGCAAGGAGCUCUGCUGCCAUUUAGGCCAUUCAGCUGAACUGGUUCUUUGUGCACAAGCUGGGAAGAGUAAUCUCCAUAGGCAGGGAGGAGCUGGUCAUCAGUCAUACUUGUGGAGGAUGAUGUGUAGUGUUUAUAAUGUCAGCGGGAGCUCGGCCAGCAGCAGACGUCUCCCAUAGCACCCUCUUGUCUGAUGUCAUCUUUCCACCAGUGUAAGGGUGACAUCACCCAGAAGGGAUAUGAGAAGAAGAGAUCCAGGCUACUGACCCCCUACAUCCCUCACAUAACAAGUGUAGAGCUGUCUCUGCCUGAUGUGCAGCUCACCCCGGGGCACAGUGCAGAGCCCAGCCCCAGUCCGGAGGCCCCGGGGCCCUCUACCUCCUCGGCUCCCAGGAGCCACCGUGGUCACCGCAGUGGAGGGACCAGGGACGACCGCUACAGAUCAGACAUCCACACAGAAUUGGUGCAGGCAGCGCUGGCCAAGCACAAAGAAGAGAAAAUGGGUCUGCCCAUGCCUACCAAGAGACGCUCUGCCUUUGUCCAGUCUCCUGUGGAAAACUGCACACCUCCAGACACGUCCUCGGCGUCGGAGGACGAGGGCUCGCUGCGGCGGCAGGCGGCUCUGAGCGUGGCGCUGGCGCAGAGCCUGCAGAGCCCCGACUACUGGAUCAACCGCUCCCUCCAGGGCUCCUCCACCUCCUCCUCCGCCUCCUCCACCCUCUCCCACGGCGAGCCCAAGAUCCAGCCCCUGCCCCAACCCUCCACCGCCAUCGUCGACGUCCUGGCCCACCUGCGGAUAGAGAACAGUGUUCCUCCAGAUGUUACGUCUUCCAGCUCCAGGCUGGACCUGCCCCCUGCUGUCAAGGGCAUGAGCCGGGGACAGAGUCGCUGCAGCAUGCUGGAUAACACAGCUGAUGGAAAGCGAAAAGGCGUGCCAGUCAACAGCAGGGUGUCCACUAAGAUCCAGCAGCUGUUGAACACCCUCAAGCGGCCGAAGAGACCCCCACUCAGCGAGUUCUUCCUCGACGACUCGGAGGAGAUUGUAGAAGUGCAACAGCCAGACCCCAACACCCCCAAGCCGGAGGGCCGUCAGAUCAUCCCGGUGAAGGGCGAGCCCCUCGGGGUGGUCAGCAACUGGCCCCCAGCCCUCCAGGCUUCCCUGGCACGCUGGGGGGCCACGCAGGCCAAGAGCCCCGCACUCAGCGUCCUGGACAUCACCGGCAAGCCCCUCUACACCCUGACUUAUGGUAAACUAUGGAGUCGCAGUCUAAAGCUGGCCUACACACUGCUGAACAAGCUGGGCACCAAGGCAGAGCCCGUCCUCAAACCUGGAGACCGGGUGGCGCUGGUGUACCCCAACAGUGACCCAGGGAUGCUCUGGGUGGCAUUCUACGGCUGCCUGCUGGCCGAGGUCAUCCCUGUACCCAUUGAGGUUCCACUGUCACGACAGGACUCGGGCAGCCAGCAGAUUGGCUUCCUGCUGGGCAGCUGUGGGGUGGGCCUGGCACUGACCAGCGAGGUGUGUCUCAAGGGACUCCCCAAGACCCCCAACGGAGAGAUCAUGCAGUUUAAAGGAUGGCCCAGGAUGAAGUGGGUGGUGACGGACACAAAGUACCUGACCAAGCCCUCCAAGGACUGGCAGCCCCACAUUCCUACUGCCAACACAGACACUGCCUACAUAGAGUACAAGGCCACGAAGGAGGGUACUGUUAUGGGUGUGGCUGUCUCCAAGAUCUCCAUGCUGACCCACUGCCAGGCACUCACACAAGCCUGUAACUACUGCGAGGGGGAAACACUGGUCAACGUCUUGGACUGCAAGAAGGACAUGGGCCUGUGGCAUGGGGUCUUAACCAGUGUCAUGAACAGAAUCCACACCAUCUCUGUGCCCUACGCUGUCAUGAAGGCCUGCCCCAUGUCCUGGGUCCAAAGAGUUCACAUCCACAAAGCACGUGUGGCCUUGGUGAAGUGCAGAGACCUCCACUGGGCCAUGAUGGCCCACCGGGAGCAGAAGGACACCAACCUCUCCUCCAUACGCAUGCUCAUCGUGGCUGACGGAGCCAACCCCUGGUCUGUGUCGUCGUGCGACGCCUUCCUGAACGUGUUCCAGGCUCACGGCCUGAAGCCAGAGGUCAUCUGUCCAUGUGCCUCCUCCGCUGAGGCCCUGACCGUGGCCAUACGCCGACCCGGGGCCCGUGGGGCCCCCCUACCAGCCAGGGCCAUCCUCUCCAUGGCUGGGCUGAGCCACAGCGUCAUCAGGGUCAACACGGAAGACAAGAACUCUGCCCUCACUGUGCAGGAUGUGGGCCACGUCAUGCCUGGUGCUCUCAUGUGUAUCGUGAAACCGGACGGGCCUCCCCAGCUGUGUAAGACAGACGAGAUCGGGGAGAUCGUGCUCAACUCCCGGGCUGGGGGAACCAUGUACUACGGCCUGCCGGGAGUCACCAAGAACACCUUUGAGGUGAUCCCUGUGAACCAGGCUGGUGCGCCUAUUGGAGAAAUUGCCUUCACUCGUACAGGCCUGCUUGGCUUCGUAGGCCCGGGCAGCCUGGUGUUUGUGGUUGGGAAGAUCGAGGGGCUGCUGUCUGUGAGCGGGCGUCGGCACAACGCUGAUGACCUGGUUGCCACGGCGCUGGCGGUGGAGCCGGUCAAAACCGUUUACAGAGGAAGGAUUGCGGUGUUCUCCGUGACGGCGUUCUACGAUGAGAGGAUUGUGGUUGUGGCGGAGCAGAGACCCGAUGCCAGCGAGGAGGAUAGCUUCCAGUGGAUGAGCCGAGUGCUGCAGGCCAUCGACAGUAUCCACCAGGUGGGUCUGUACUGCCUGGCUCUGGUCCCAGCCAACACUCUCCCCAAGACGCCCCUGGGUGGCAUCCACAUCUGUGAGACCAAGCAGAACUUCCUGGAUGGCAACCUGCACCCCUGCAACAUCCUCUUGUGCCCCCACACCUGCGUCACCAACCUGCCUAAGCCACGCCAGAAACAGCCAGUGGGCGUCGGUCCGGCCUCCAUCAUGGUGGGGAACCUGGUGGCGGGGAAGAGGAUGGCCCAGGCUGUAGGCAGAGAGCUGGGCGUGGUCGAGGACCAGGAUCUCAUCAGAAAGCUCAAUAUGUGGCCCAUAGUGAUGCACCAGUUCCUGUCUGAAGCCCUCCAGUGGAGAGCCCAGACCGACCCGGAUCAUGUCCUCUAUGUGCUGCUAAAUGCCAAGGGGGUAGCAGUGUGCACAUCCACCUGUCUCCAGCUUCACAAGAGAGCAGAGAAGAUCACAGCUGCCCUGAUGGAGAAAGGAGGCCUUAACACGGGAGACAACGUGGUGCUGCUUUAUCCCCCAGGCAUUGACCUGAUCGCUGCCUUCUAUGGCUGUCUCUAUGCGGGGGUGGUCCCGGUGACAGUGAGACCCCCCCACCCACAGAACCUGACUGCUACCCUCCCCACCGUCCGUAUGAUCAUCGAUGUGAGCAAAGCUGCCUGCAUCCUCACUACACAGCCCCUCAUGAGGAUACUCAAGUCCAGGGAGGCCGCUGCCAGCGUCAACAUCAAGACCUGGCCCACAAUCAUAGACACAGACGACCUCCCUCGAAAGCGUCCUCCCCAGAUCUACAAGCCCCCCACAGCGGAGAUGCUGGCCUACCUGGACUUCAGUGUGUCCACCACGGGCAUGUUGACUGGCGUCAAGAUGUCCCACGCGGCCGUCAGCACUCUCUGUCGCUCCAUCAAGCUCCAGUGUGAGCUCUACUCCUCUCGCCAAAUAGCAAUCUGCCUGGACCCCUACUGCGGCCUGGGCUUUGUCCUGUGGUGUCUCUCCAGUGUUUACUCGGGCCACCAGUCCAUCCUCAUCCCCCCCCUGGAGCUGGAGAGCUCCCUGCCCGUGUGGCUGAGCACCCUCAGCCAGUACAAGAUCAGAGACACCUUCUGCUCCUACUCCGUCAUGGAGCUCUGCACCAAGGGCCUGGGAACCCAGACCGAGAUGCUCAAGGCGCGGGGGCUGAACCUGUCGUGUGUGCGGAGCUGUGUGGUGAUAGCGGAGGAGCGUCCUCGCCUGCUGCUGACCCAGUCCUUCUCCAAGCUCUUCAAAGACCUGGGCCUCUCGCCCCGGGCCGUCAGCACCGCCUUCGGCUCCAGGGUCAACCUGGCCCUCUGCAUGCAGGGCACGGCUGGUCCAGAUCCCUCCACCGUCUAUGUGGACAUGAAGUCUCUGCGGCACGACAGGGUAAGGCUGGUGGAGAGAGGGGCGCCACAGAGUCUGCCUCUUAUGGAGUCCGGCACUAUCUUACCAGGGGUCCGGGUGAUCAUCGUGAACCCUGAGACCAGAGGGCCUCUUGGAGAUUCCCACCUUGGGGAGAUCUGGGUGAGCAGCACCCACAGCGCCAGCGGCUACUACACCAUCUACGGCGAGGAGAGCCUGCAGGCGGACCACUUCAACACCACGCUCAGCUUCGGGGAGCCCCAGACGCUGUGGGCCCGCACCGGCUACCUGGGCUUCGUCAAGAGGACGGAGCUGCUGGACUCCACUGGGGAUCUCCACGACGCCCUGUUCGUGGUGGGCUCUCUGGACGAGACCCUGGAGCUGAGGGGGCUGAGGUAUCACCCCAUCGACAUCGAGACCUCUGUGUCCCGGACCCACCGCAGCAUCGCUGAGAGCGCGGUGUUCACAUGGACCAACCUGCUGGUGGUGGUGGCGGAGCUGAGCGGCUCGGAGCAGGAGGCCCUGGACCUGGUGCCCCUGGUCACCAACGUGGUGCUGGAGGAGCACCACCUCAUUGUGGGCGUGGUGGUCAUCGUGGACCCCGGCGUCAUCCCCAUCAACUCCCGGGGGGAGAAGCAGCGCAUGCACCUGCGGGACUCCUUCCUGGCCGACCAGCUGGACCCCAUCUACGUGGCCUACAACAUGUGAGCCCCCACCGGCCCCGCCCUCCGGUCACCCCCCACCAGCCCAGACUGAUGAUCAGGGUGUUCGGAUGGGGGGGUACGGGCAGGGUGAAGGGGGGGGGGGAGGGGGAAACUGAGCCACAUGCCACACAUGGGAGAGGAACCAGGGUGGGAGAGGAGAGGGAGGGCAGGGGAGGGGGGGGGGGGGGGGGUUGGUGGUGGUGGUGAGGAGAUUGUGCACAACUAGUUAGACCGUGGCCGUAAACUCGGACACUGCAGCACAGGACGGCACAUGUGAGAGUGGGGGUGGGGAGGGGCAGCACAGAUUUAAGCACACCCCUCUCUCUUUCACUCUCUCUCUCCUUCUCGGUCUCUCUCUCGUUACCAUGCAGCAGGUGACCUUGUCCGCUGCUGAGUUUUACUUUGGGUUCCAAGAAAAGAAAAAGAGUUCUUCCUCCUCUUUUGAUAAGACAUAUCUUUCAUAAACUGUAGGAUGGUGGCCUUCGCCCGAUUCUCCGCCGCCACUGCUCCCCUCGAUUUACUAUUUUAUACAUUGGUCGUUCGUUAUGAUUUUAGCUGUUUCUAUUUUUUGUUAACUAGACAUUUAUUACUUGGAUUUCCCUCGGUUCAAAGUCUUUGUCGCCUCCUUCAUUCCUCGUUCAUUUCGUUCACUUUUUAUCCCCACCCGACUGAGCCUAGUCUGUCACCAGUGUCCCCCUGAUCCAGCUCCCCAGCUCCCCGACAGGAAGGUCACCAGUGCAAGGACCUGGACCCCUUCCUCAUGCACUUUACGUUGUCCCCAUCCCGCCCAUGUCCGGAGUCCCAAGGCUUCCCUGCAUCAUCACCCCCCCUCCCCCCCCCCCAACACUUUUGGUGCUCUACAAAAAAAACACUCAAAACAAUUCACGUCAGUGUUGCAGUACCACCAGCAGACGCAGCUCGCCUGGACAAAGCCUUCAUCCAAAAGAGUACAACGAUACUUCAUCUAAGUACGGCAGUACUGCAUUUAAGUACACGCGCGCCUUCGAAGGACCUUCUGCCCGCAGCAUGGAUUUCAUAAGAACUCGACAGCAACCCGCAAAAUACUUCAACGAGGUGGAAGUCCAUUAGUCCUGUGGUGUGUUAUAAAGUACAUCUGAAUUAAGAUUUGUUAGUGAGUGGGACAAAGAAAAAAAAAAUAGAAUCUACAUCAUGAAUAAAAUGCAAGCAUUUUCUCUCUUGGAUGUGGAGAAUUGCAAUACGUGGAUAGCAUAGUAAGAAUAGGAGUAUUAAUAAUGCAAUAGUUGUAAGAAUAAUUGUUAUAGUACUAAUCAUUGGCUUAAAACACACUAACUCCAGCUGUUAUUAGAUGUUUAAUUGAUUGUGUACCCACCCAUUGUUAAGGGUAUUAAUGACUAUUGGCAGCCAUACAGGUCAGUAUGCAGGGCUAAUUUUGAAACUACUGUUAACACAUUUUAACACAGAGUAUAGUCAUAUACUCAUCAUGUUCAAUGGUUAAGCAGUGCGCCUCGCAGUUAACCCCCCCCCCAAUUAGCAUCACAGCUGACCAGGAAGAUGUUGGUUAUUUGAAGGCGAGUCAGUGCCUUUUGUAUCAGACCAUCACGGCAUGCAUGGCGUUGAAGAAUCACUGGUGGUCCUAACCCUUUUUCUUUAAAUGGUGCAAAGACGAGAAUGAGGACAGAACUUUGCCUUAUUAAACCUGUGGAACUAAAAGAGAUAUUUCCGUUGGUCAAAGCCUUCACGUGUGGAUUCCCCAUGGAGGACUCCCAUCGUUUUGGCCCACCCGUUUCUUCCCUGCAGAUUUUUUUUUAAGCAGGGUUGAAUUUGUCUAAAAUUAUGUUCACAUUUUGGCGUCGCCAUUGAAACCCAUAGUCUAUGAAUGUCAAUUACACUGAAACAACAUACCCUGACCAUAAGAAAUCUAUAGCAAUCAAGGUGUGUCAGACAAAGAUCAAAUCCUCCUUCUGAAGGGGAAGGGCAGGUUGUUAUUUAAGGAGGGCGAGAAUGUUGUCUGUACCAUAAGUUUGAGAUUGAAAACGGACUGGUUCUAUUGUAUGCAUUACAUUUUUGAUGACUUGACCAUUCUCACACUUGACAGAAUUAUUGAUGCAUCGUCAUUUUCACAGUAGGACGUUACAGGAGUGAAAAUUUAAUAUAAUUGGCAAUUAGUGAAAAUGCACUUUCCCUAAUUCAUAAUACAUUGUGUGAGUGUCAGAGAGGGAGACUAUUUGUUCAGUUACGGUGCACAUUAAGUUUAAAUAUAUCAUUUUUUAUGCCAAAACAAAAAAAGCAAACUUUUGAAACCAUUCAUUACAAAAGGUAUUUUUCUUUUUAUUAUGUUCCUUCAUGUCGCCCCCACUGUAGUUUUACUCGUUACUCUUCCAUCUAAAUUGGAACUUAAUAUAUUCUGUGAGUUUCAGCAAUUAUUCUUCACGAUUCUUUCUAAGAACCUGCACAUUUACAAAAGAUUGUAACACAGAAGUAGUUUAACUACUUCAUUGGCAGACAUUGAAAUGUCUGCAAGCUAGUCUUUUGAACAAAGUUGGUUAAUUCAUAAAUAAUUGUAAUUAAAGCCUUUAUAGCAACAGGUGUUUUGUUUUUUUUAUGUUAUUUUGUUUGUUGCUAUUGUUUUACUUCAUCACGUUUGAAUAAAGUUUUAUAAUUUCAAAACGGCCUAGAAGCCUUUUUCAUGGACUAUGGUGCUAUAUAUAGAGAAUGGUUAGGCCCGGGGGUCGGAAAACAAUUUUAAACAUUUAUCACUUUUUCAGUGGGCUCAAAUGAGCGUAAUAUCAGUGGGGUUUUUCUUCACUUUUUUACCUUUUGCACUCGACCACAAUUAUUGCUACACUUUUAUCUUUAACUUUUUUCUCAAGUUAUUUUUAAAUUCUUUUAAAAUCUUUUUAAUUCACGCCAAACUUAAUGUACAAUUGAGCGCGUAAGUAGCCUCCAAAGUUAAUAUUGUAAGCACAUCAUCAGUCUGUAUUGUUGUACCUGUGAGGUCAUGAAACUAGGGUAAGGGUAUUACAUAUCAAGGGCCCAAAAAUGUAUACCUCAACAGUCUGUACACUAUGCAUUGUCAAGGUGCAUCAACCAGAUGUUCCACAAUAGUCAAUGGUGCAAAAACUUCUAACUCUGAAAGUACAUCCUUGUCAAACACUGUUAUGCUGUCAGUUGAUGUUUCGUGUAAAAUAAAAAAAGGCUUUGUCAAAAA